GACCCUGAUGGGGCACAUCCGGCAGCUAUGAGGCGGCUGGAGGCUGUGCCCACUGCGGGUCCACCGCAGACACACGCAGACGCGAGCUGGGCGCUGCCGUCUCGGCUGUCCAGACACAGCAGAAAGCAUGAUGAGCGCAGCACCCAGCAAGUCGUGGCGAUUUUGUGCUUUGGUGCUGUUAGCUGUGAAUCUGCCACAAGUCAUAUGCGCGGAUCAGAAGACCAACGUCCGGGAGGCGGAGAGGCAGGUGAUGGAGCACGUCCUGAGCCCGAGCCGCUACGACGCGCGGUUGCGGCCGCCGGGGUACAACGGCACAGAGAGUCCCACUGUGGUAAAAGUUAACAUCUUUGUACGCUCCAUCAGCAGAAUAGAUGAUCAGCAUAUGGAAUAUGACGCGCAGUUGACGUUCAGAGAGCAGUGGCUUGACGACAGACUCAAGUUUGACGAUUAUGGAGGUAAAAUCAAAUAUCUAACACUGACAGAUCCCAGCAGAAUAUGGAUGCCAGAUUUAUUUUUUAGCAACGAGAAGAAAGCACACUUUCACGAUGUAGUAAUGCCUAAUGUCUAUGUACGAAUAUUUCCUCUUGGGUCCGUUCUCUACAGCACCAGAAUCUCAAUGACACUCUCGUGUCCCAUGGACCUGAGGCUAUACCCACACGAUCGACAGGUGUGCUCCAUCAGGAUGGCCAGCUAUGGUUGGACGACUGAUGACCUGGUGUUCAUGUGGAAAGACGGCGACCCGGUGCAGGUGGUCAGGAACCUGCGCCUUCCACGCUUCACGCUAGAGAAGUUCCUUACUGAUUACUGCCACGCCAGGACAAACACAGGAGAGUACAGCUGCCUUAAAGUGGAACUGGUGUUUAAACGCGAGUUCCGCUACUACAUGGUGCACAUCUACAUUCCGACUUUCAUGCUGGUGAUAGUGUCGUGGCUGUCUUUCUGGCUGGAUCAGAGAGCCAUCACGGCACGGACGUGCCUGGUGGUGACCACGGUGCUCACCAUCACCAUCCAGACCUCGGGAGUCAGAGCGUCGCUGCCCGUCGUCAACUACGUCAUGGCCGUCGAGGUGUGGCUCGGCAUGUGCGUCGCGUUCGUGUUCGGCGCACUGCUGCAGCUGGCGCUGGUCAACUACCUGGCCCGCAGCGAGGCGCGCCGAGGCGCCGCCAAGCGGCACAGCCGCCUCGUCGGCCCGGAGCACUCCGCACAGCUGGAGGAGAUCACCGAGGCUCUCGUCGAGGACGGCAGCGCGGCGUUCGCUAUGAAGCUGCUGGAGGAGCAGUCCAACAGCGCCACGGCUGACAAGGAGGCGGCGGCCCAGGGCGGAAGGUGCUCGCCGCGGCAGUGGUGGCGCGCCUGGACGGCCAGCUUCCCCACGGGCUCGCAGCGCGCCGACGCCGCAUCGCGCGUCCUCUUCCCCCUGGCCUUCUCCCUGUUCUGCCUCGUCUACUGGUGCGUCAACGCCUCCGGCUAACAGAAACACCAGUUGCUCGACAGUGUCCUGCGUUGGUAGUAGAAGUAAUCGCUACACAUAUUUAAAGAUGCACAAGCAUUUGUACCUACCAUAGAAUGAAAAAUAAGUAUUAAAGUACUGUAUAAUUCUAUACUCAUCAUUAUUCUUAAUGUAUCGACAUUACUGUUCGAUGGCAAUUGCGUUAUAUGUACUGCCAAUGAUUGUAUAUGGUUAUAAAGCUACUGAUUUACAAGAUUCGAUAUACCAGGACGAAGACAUUUAGAGAAAGAACAUGUGAGAUUGAACGUAUCUGGUCCAGAAUUUUGACUUUCUUUCCAGCGAACUGAUAUUUGGCCCGAAUUCAAAUGUAAAUCUGCAGCACGAACUAUCUGUACUAAAGUGCCUGUGCCAAACUCCCAAAUUUCUCCAUCAGAUAGUGCUGCCAUAUGUAAAGAAAUAUUGAACUGUAGAAGUACAAGAUUAAAUUGUAAAAAGAUGGUACAGGAGAUCUUUGAUUUCAAAUCCACUUUUAUCUGUAGAUGGUACGUUGGAGGUGACCGUGGCUGAACAGUAAAAUAAGAUAACUACGAAAAAAAUCUCAACCACUAAAUUUACGUGAUAUUAAAUUCAUAUCAGUGUUUAUUAACAUUGACAAUUCUAAAUUGAGACUAUUCUUUUUAAAAUGGUUGUAGUACAUUUAUGCGUAUGGAAACUCAUUACUGAUAGUUUGUUGUUUGGCUUUACAGUCAUACUGUGAAGAGUAACCUUAAUAAAAACUGGAAAUGAAAA